AUGGCUGCACCUGCUGAGAUUACGGUCAAGGACCUCACCGGAGACUGGGUUAUGAACAAAACCCUCUCCGAUGACACCGACGCCGUCCUAUCCCUCCAAGGUGUCGGCUGGCUCACCCGCAAAGCCGUCGGGCUCGCAACCAUUACCCUCCACGUCAAGCAAUACAAUGAUGACGCUGGCACCACCCACGUCGACAUCGACCAGACGCUCACCGGUGGCAUCAAAGGCACCAGCGAGCAGCGCCAAUUAGACUGGACCGCGCGCGAGCACGAGGACCACUUGUUCGGCAAGGUGAAGGGCCAGUCCAGAUGGGCUACCCUGGACCUACCCGAAGACCCCUUCCUUAAGGAGGGCUGGAUUGAUGACGAUUCGGAGAAUGGCGGACCCGAGGGACAGAGGCAUAUUGAGAGCUUUGUGGUUAACGAGGAGAGGGGAUGGGAUGCUAGACAGAUCUGGGGGUUCGCGAUCAUUGAUGGAAAGAGAUAUUAUACCCGGAGGGUGGUGGUCUCCAAGGGCAAAGAGGUGUUGAAGGUUAGAUUGGUUUAUGAGUAUCAGGCAAAGAACUAG